AUGACAACGUCACUGCUCCUCCGUCCGCGCUGGGUCGACCCGUCGGUGAUGUUUCUCUACGACAACAGCGGCGGUACCGAUGAAGUGAGCAAGAACAUGGACGGUUUUGCUGGUGGCAACUUUGCUGCGAACCAGUGUCGGAAUCUGAUGGCGCACCCCGCGUCCCUGGCACCCAGCACGGCUUACUCGUCAAGCGAAGUGCCCACCUCUGGUAUGGGUGAGCCUGUGAAGCAGUGUAGCCCCUGCUCAGCUGCUCAGAACUCAUCCAGCGCGUCUCUGCCUUAUGGGUACUUCGGUAGCAGCUACUACCCGUGCAGAAUGUCACAUCACAGCAGCAUUAAAUCGUGCGGAGCUCAGCCUCCCUCUGCGUAUGGGGAGAAAUACAUGGACACCUCAGCCUCGGGCGACGACUUCACCUCUCGGGCGAAGGAAUUCGCUUUUUACCCCACUUACCCUUCAGGCCCAUACCAACCUGUUCCCAGCUACCUGGACGUUCCCGUUGUGCCUACAAUCAGUGCGCCCUCAGAAGCCAGACACGAAUCCCUGCUGCCGAUGGAGAGCUACCAGCCAUGGACACUCGCGGCCAACGGCUGGAACGGACAGGUUUACUGCGCCAAGGAGCAGCCGCAGCCUGGACAUAUGUGGAAGUCCUCCAUACAAGGUAGGCUGCUUUCCUCUGAGUCCUGUCUUUAAGGGGGGGAAACGGAGUCUGUGCAUGUUAGUUUGUCACCAAAGAACAGAUAGGAUGCACUUUAUACAGAAUGGAGUGUUUGACAUGUCAGAUUUUGCUGCAGCCUUAAAAAUAAAUAAUACAAAAAUCUGCUGGUUUAUUAAAAAUCAGUGGAAUAUGUGAAGAAUAUAACAUGUAGUAAACAUAAAAUAAAAAGGGAGAGCAGUCUGCGCUAGUGUUAUUUGUGAAGUUAGUUAUCUAGAACCUUUUCUUAGAGUAUUUUGUAAUAAAUGUCUGUUUUUAUGAGGCAAUCUGACAUGGUUUCCUUGUUUUUACGCAUGCUUCUCCACUGUGACUUAAAAAUACUAGACUAUAUUUAGAAGCUAGACAUAAUGGGUGGCUGAGAUUUUAUCAGUCAGUGGAAAACACUCUGACUAUUCAGUUAUUAUGAGGUCCAUCCACUUGUUGAGAGGAGGCUACAUGACAGCUCCUUUUCUUUCUUUCUUGUCUCUCAGACGCGGUGUCCCACGCAGGGGGAGACUCCGGCUCUUAUCGACGUGGAAGAAAGAAGCGCGUGCCAUACACCAAGGUGCAACUGAAGGAACUCGAGCGCGAGUACGGCGCCAAUAAAUUUAUCACGAAGGACAAACGGAGGAGGAUAUCAGCGCAGACCAACCUGUCCGAGCGGCAGGUCACGAUAUGGUUUCAGAACAGGCGGGUGAAGGAGAAGAAAGUUGUGAACAAAUUGAAAACUAUCAGCUAG